CUUGGGUUGAAAGCCGAAUGCAGUCAGUCGGAGAGCUGAGUUGGUUGGAAAGCACCGGAGCUGGUGCGGAGGAGAGUUGGGACGGCCAGUGGAGUUGGAUUGAGGAAAGAUGAGGCUUCAUCUGCUCGUCGCACUCGUGGCUUUGGCGGCUGUGGUAACCGUCCAUACUGCACCCAUCGAAGAGGAAGAUGACUCUCUUCCUGCGCCGACUUCCAUCGACUCCGACUCCGACUCCGACUCCGACUCUGCCGCCGACUCCGAGCCCGGCAACAACCGCCGAGGUCGCUUCCUUCUUCUCAAACUCCUGGCCGCGAAGCUCUUCGCUAAGAGUGCUGCCGCUAAGAAGGUUGCCGCCACCGCUGGUACUGCUGGAGUAGCUGGAACGGCUGGACUAGCUGGAACCGCCGGACUGGCUGGAACGGCAGGUCUCGCUGGAACGGCGGGUCUCGCUGGAACAACUGGACUGGUUGGAGCUUCCGGUAUCGCUCCGGUCUACGUCAACGCUGCCGAUGCUGGACUGGGGGGUCACCAAGUGGUAGCAAUUGAUGGAACCGGCUAUGGCCAACAACAGGUGCUUACUCUGGGAGAAGAAGGAUAUGGUGACCAGCAACUUGUCGCUCUGGGUGGUGGAGAUCUUGGUGGUCAUCAAGUCGUCUCUCUUGGUGGAGACCUGGGUGGACAUCAGGUGAUCUCGCUUGGAGGAGAGGAUUACUCAGGACAUCAGGUUGUGGCCGUGGGUGACUCUGGCGUUCAGGACAGCAGCGUCGUCAACGUCAUCCAGGUGCCCACUCCCGUGGUGACUUCUGAUGUGGAAGAAGAAGAAGAGGAAGGUUUCUUCAGCACCGCCCUGAAGCUGCCUGGCCUUGCUGCUACUUCCAUCAUCAAUACCGCUUCCGACACUGCUUCUGCCAUCUCUUCCGCUGCCGGGACGGUGCUCUCGCUUCCAGUGAAGGCCGGCCAGGCUGUCGUCAACACCGUGAGCAAUGUCGUGGAUAAUUACGUCAUUGGAUCAACCUACGAGCCCGAAUACGCCGUCGGCGAGGACUACGUCCCUGAUCCUGUCGUCUACAAGGAGACCACGGUAGUACAGCGGCCGCAUCACAUCAUCGUUCCGAUUGUGGUGAAGGGGGUACACCACAACACUGACGUACACCCGGAUACGGUGUAUGAGGCUGCAGCUCCAGCUCAGGUAGUAACCGAUCAGGUGUACGUGGACACACCCCAAGACGUCCUGCCGGUGGCGCCCGAGCACCCGUACUAAGCAAGGCAGUUAUACCCGGCUAGAGGUGUAGUGCUGGGGUGUUACACCUAAACCGAGUGGAACUGUGUAGUUUUACACCCAUAUGAGGAGUUUCUGGUCAAUGUGGACGUGGUAUUUGACGGCUCUUACUGAUAAUUAUCGGAUAUUGUUGCAUGGUCUACCAGGCUUUUUCGAAUGCUAGAUAAGCUCUCAUUGAACUCAUUGAAGGACACCUUCAAGAAAUACUCGAGCUUAACCAGUGCACGCAAAACUCCUGUAAGACCAUCAACAUUGCCAUAAGUGAUCAGGGUAGUGAUUGUCAAGCCCGGCCGGCUAAGUGUUAUGCGUUGUUGAAGUGACUUCUUGCCCGCGUCUGAAGUCGCUAUUUAUGUUUUGUACGUAUUUAUGUAUUUGUUUGUACGUUGUUAUGUAGUGAGUAGUUAAAUAUGAACUGAAAUAUAAUAUAUGCAAUAAAAAUGUUAGCAAACAUUC